CUCUUCACCGACGUGCUGCUCUGCGCCAAGCUGAAGAAGACGGCAGUAGGGAAGCACCAGCAGUACGACUGCAAGUGGUACGUGCCGCUGGCUGACCUGCUGUUCCCCUCGCCGGAGGAGUCGGAGCACUGCCCGCAGGUCCACGUCAUCCCCGACCACGAGCUGGAGGAAAAAAUCUCGGCCAUCAAGAGUGAGGUGCAGAAGGAGAAAGCCAACAAGGGGCAGAGCCGGGCCAUCGAGCGCCUCAAGAAGAAGAUGUUUGAGAAUGAAUUCUGGCUGCUUCUCAACUCCCCUGCCAUCCCCUUCCGCAUCCACAACCGCAACGGGAAGAGCUACCUCUUCCUGCUGUCAUCCGACUACGAGAGGUCGGAGUGGAGGGAGGCCAUUCAGAAACUCCAGAAAAAGGAUCUCCAGGCCUUCGUCCUGAGCUCGGUGGAGCUGCAGGUGCUCACGGGAUCCUGCUUCAAGCUGCGCACCGUCCACAACAUCCCGGUCACCAGCAAUAAGGACGAUAAUGAGUCCCCCGGGCUCUACGGGUUCCUGCACGUCAUCGUCCACGCCGCCAAGGGCUUCAAGCAGUCUGCCAACCUUUACUGCACGCUGGAGGUGGAUUCCUUCGGCUACUUUGUCAGCAAAGCCAAGACCAGGGUUUUUCGGGACACCACCGAGCCGCAGUGGAAUGAGGAGUUCGAGAUCGAGCUGGAGGGCUCCCAGUCCCUGCGCAUCCUCUGCUACGAGAAGUGCUACGACAAGACCAAGCUCAACAAGGACAACAAUGAAAUCGUGGACAAGAUCAUGGGCAAGGGGCAGAUCCAG